GGGGAUGAAAUUGGAAGGAGCAGCAGUGGAGCCAGUAGUGGUGGAAGUGGAGGUAUGCUGCUGAUGGGCUCCUAUGAUAGUAGCGGUCACAGUCGAGAACCACUGCAAAAAAGUAUGACAGAGGUGAAAAACAGCACCUUGGUUUCUUCCCGUGAUCAAGGCAGCUCUUUUACCAGUCAUGGCUCAAUGCGAAGUAGUGGUCCAGCUAAACAACUGCCAGCACAACCAAACCAGUCAUCUCAAGAAAUCUUCAAAGGUUUCUCUCUGCCAAAGACAGACACAGACUUAAGACCUCUUAAAGCAGAAGUCACUAAAACCCUUCCGUUGAAAAAUCCAGAGCCAGAUCGCCAGUCAGCGUCAAAAAGCCAACUAACUCCUAAUAUAGUUCGUAGUGUGCAUCCCAGCCGACCAGGCCUUGUACUCAUUGGCAGCAGCAGCAGCGACAGUCACAUCAAAGAAAAGAGUAAGACUCACGGGCAAGUAUCAAAUGUUUCUGAGCAGAUGAACAAACAGCAAAUGCAGCAGAAGCAGGUACAACAGCAACAAGUGAAACAGACAAUGCAACAACCACCACCAAAGCAGCAGCAGCAGCAGAUGCAGCAACAGUUGAAGCAACAACAGUCAAAGCAGCAGACGGAGCAGCAGACGGAGCAGCAGAAGACGGAGCAGCAGCAAAUAAAGCAGCAGAAGACGGAGCAGCAGCAAAUAAAGCAGCAGCAGAUGCAACAGCAGCAACUGAAGCAGCAGCAGACGCAACAGCAGCAACUGAAGCAGCAGCAGACACAGCAGCAACAGCAACAGCAGCAACUGAAGCAGCAGCAGAUGGCCCAGGUACCUAACCUGCCGAUUGGGUUGCAGCAGAUGCAGAAUCAGCCAGCUGUGCAUAUGGGACAAGCUUUGCAGUCUCAAGUUUUUUCGGCUGCAAAGCCAGUUCCACAGCCGUCCCUCAUGCCAGGGCUCAUGAUGCCCGUUCCUCCGGGUCUCUCGCCGGUAAUGCAGAACUUCAUGAAUUUCAUUCAUAUACCGCAGCCCGCUUCCACCAAGCAGCUUCCAGCAAAGGUCGAAGUGACAGGGAAUAUCCCAGUGCUGGCCCAGAUGCAAGACUACACUGCCGCUUCACCUAGGGUCUUUCCUCAUACCUGCUCUCUAUGUAACAAGGAAUGUAAUCAGAUGAAGGAUUGGGUCUCCCACCAGAAUACCAGCCUUCACAUCGAGAACUGCAAACUUCUGCAAAAGCGAUACCCAGAAUGGAACGGUGAAAAAGCAUCACUGCUAGGUGCGUCAGGUGCCAAGCCCUCUCCCUCAACUUCUGCUGAGACCUCCCAGAAGAAAACCAGACAUGAGAGUCGUUCCCGUUCCUCCAGCCCCCAGAGCCAUCGUGACUCGGAGCGUAGCAGGGACAGGCAAAGUAGCCGUUCCCGCUCUCGCAGCCCCCGCACUCAUCGUGACUCGUUGCGAAGAAGAAAUAGACGAAGUAGCCAUUCCCGCUCCGGCAGUCCACGUCGCCGCCGUGACUUGGAGCGUAGGAGGGACAGACGAAUUAGUCAUUCCCAUUCUCGAUCACGCAGCCCCCGAAGGGAGAGACACAGAAGCCGAUCACGAUCUCCGUACAGCUCCAGACGUAAUCGCAGGUCCCGGUCUCAUUCUGACUCCUCGUGGUAUGACCGUCCUUCCUCUUCCCGAUAUCGAUCACGCUCAAGGGGCCGCGAGAGACGAUCCUCGCCGAGAAGAAGAGAUGAGAAACGUUCAUCACCAAGGAGAAGCUGGGAGAGGCGAUCGUCAACUGAGAGGUCAUCUCCUAUGCGAAGGUUGAGCAGCUCGCAGAUCUUGGCAAAGAAACUGCUGGAAACAUCAGCUCUCCAGUCCUUAUCAAAACAGUCUGACCUGGAGACUGUCGUCAAAACUUUGGCUCCUGCCCUGUUGGCUGAGCUAGCCAAGAUGAAGUCAUCCCCAUCAACAUCAUCAUCAUCGUCCUCACGUUCUGCAUCUCCAGAAACAACUAAAGGGAGGCCUAGCACAGAGAAGACCAAGGCUGCUAAAUCUUCCCCUCCAACCAUGGUGAGGCUACAAGGGAUUGUCAGUAGUCUCUCUCACAGUGAAGUGAUUUCUGCUGUGGAGAAAUUCGGAAAAACCAAGUCAGUGGUUUUGUUUAGGUCAAAAUUACAGGUAUGUACACUGAAAUUUGUUCACUGUUCUAGAUGGAUGAGUUCAUUGACCUACUUGUGAAUCUAGAGAAAAUGUGUCUCCUGGUUUGCUUCUGCAAUCUAAGAUAGAUAUUUAUGCACCGUAGCUACAAUU